CAAGGACUCUGCCGUGUUUUUUUUCAAUUGCCGCGCAAAGCGAAUAAUUUAAACUUAAGUACAAUGUGGGUUAAGUUCAUUUACCAUUCUAUUUCGUGCCAACGAUGUCAUCCUCGAUCUUCAAUCAGAUCUUCAUCAGUUUCAAUUUAUUAUCCGAUUGUGAGGCUAGGAGCCCUAGCUAGACCUAGACCUAGGCGCUAGUAGUAUCUAUAAUAUGGGAAUCUCCGCUUCGCGCGACUCCGGC